AUGUUCAGCACUCUCAAUAAGACCGAUCACGCGAAGAGAAAACGCGUACUUGCCGAUCGCUACGCCAAUACGAACGUCAUGCGCUCUGCAUCCGUGGAAGGCAUCAAAGAACGAUCCAACAGAUUCAUUGACCGUUGCUCGCAGUCUGUCGGAGGCACCUUGGACUUAUUCGUAUGCCUUCACUCAUAUGCAUUCGACUGCAUAACCCAUCAUCUCUUUCAUCCUUACGGAUCCGAUUCCCUUCGGAGCACUGAAGAUGAAGAGAUCAUGAGGCAGGUCACCUUCGAUGAUAGCCUUCAAAAUCGUCUGAUUAAAUACUACAACCCUACCCUACAUGGCCUAAUUGGAAACGUGUUAUCGCUCUUUGCCAAACCGCGAGAGACGCCAUUGGCGGAUGAUCUAGUUCUGAAUGCCAGUUCUAAAACGGAACCUGCUCCCUUCACUCUACUAAGCCGGAUGCAGGAGAAAACAUACAACAUGGAACAGAUGGAUAUGGCCGCGGAAUGCCUAGAUCAUAUGGCCGCAGGUAUUGAUACCACCGGAGACGCGCUUUGUUUUCUUAUGUGGGAAAUCUCGCAACCAUCAUCGCUCCAUGUUCAGAAGCGGCUUCAAGAGGAAAUUCGAUCAAAUGAAGGUGUGAGCCCGGACAAGCUGCCAUAUCUUGACGCCGUGGUGCUUGAAGGACUGCGAUGCUUUCCUGCGAUUCCUAUGUCACUCCCUCGAUAUGUUCCAAGCGGAGGGCGUACUAUUGACGGCUAUUUCGUCCCUGAGGCAACAAUUGUCAGCACCCAGCCCUACUCGAUUCAUCGUAUCGACGAGAAGGUGUUCCCGGAGCCCGACCGAUUCAAUCCGGACAGAUGGCUUGAAGAGACUGGAGAUGCAGACAGGAAACGAAUGUUCUUCGCGUUUGCCAGUGGCGGCCGCGGGUGUGUCGGCAAGCAUCUGGCACUUGCCGAGAUGAAGACGUUGUUGGUAGAUGUCUACUCUCAGUUUUCGACAGUACCCGACGAGUCGAUGAGCGCAGAUAUGAUGGCCAUGUCAGACCAGAUUAUUUCGUCGCAACCACUCGGCCAAAAAUGUUUGAUGCGGUUCGUUCCACUGACCGAAGGAGGUGGAAAUUCAUGA